AAGGAUGAGGAAAUAGGUCAUAGUCAAAAUCAGACAUAUCGAAAUAUUCACCUUAGAAGAAUAAGAAGGUUGAUGAAUGAGAAUUAUAUUCCUUCCUCUGGUAACCCUGGUUGUGAUACUGAAAUAACUGAUGAUGAUAAAUAUCUUAGCCAAUACGAUAUUUGUGGAUUGGUUGAGUUAGAGCAGAAGAUAAGGGAUCGUAAUAGUGCUAAUAAUCUGAAUUCUACCUUAAUGUUAAAAGCUAUUAAUAACUUACAGCUGAUCAGA